UUCUAUUUUCAUUUCUCAUUAUUGCAAGCACUGUCUUUUCGAACUUGGCGACAAUCUUAGUACUACAAAACAAAAGAUUUUGACCGGUCUUACUUAGCUCAUCAUCAUCCCUUUCUUCUCCCCUUUCUCCAACACUUAUUUCUUUCUCUCUCUCUCUCUAGUUCUUGAAUUCUCAAGAUUCAAAGACACACACGGAUGGCUACGCAUACCUCUUGGUAAAUCCAAAAAGAGACACACAUAUGGCUGAUCCAUCGGGUGGUGCAGAGAAGGUUACGAGAGAGUUUAGGAAAGGAAACUGGACGGUGAAUGAGACCUUGGUGCUCAUAGAAGCCAAGAAGAUGGAGGAGGAGAGACGUAUGCGUCGGUCGGAGAAGAAACCAGAAAACAAGAACAAAAGCUCGGAGCUCCGGUGGAAGUGGAUAGAGGAGUAUAGUUGGAGAAGAGGAUGUCAGAGAAACCAGAACCAGUGCAACGACAAGUGGGACAAUCUCAUGAGAGAUUACAAGAAGAUCAGAGAGUACGAGAGAUCGAGAAUAGAAUCGUCAUCUUUUAACACCGGCUCUUCCCCUCCGGCGUCGUACUGGAAGAUGGAGAAGAGUGAGAGGAAAGAGAGGAGCUUGCCGACUAAUAUGUUGUCUCAGAUAUACGAAGCGUUGGCUGAGCUUGUCGAGAAAAAGACUCUUCCAUACUCCUCCUCCUCCUCACUCGGUAACGGUGGCCAAGGAUUUGUAGCUCCGGUGAUGGCUCAGCAGAUGCUUCAAAUCCCGACUACUAUUGUCUUAUCUCUUCAGCCACCGCCGCCACAACCUCUAGUCUUGUCACAUCCUCCACCGUUCACAUUUCACGCUGAGCCUAUACAGCCCACAGUAGACACAUCAGGGGCGAAGCGAAGGAGGACAACAACGCCUCCGGGAGAAACGACAGCCCAAGGAGAGAUCAGUGAGGACGCGGAUGUUAUGGUUGGAGCGGCAAUAUCGAGGAGCGCGUCGGUGAUCGCACAAGUAAUAAGAGAGAGUGAGGAGAGACAAGAGAUGAGGCAUAAAGAAGUGAUGAGGCUGCAAGAGAGGAGACUAAAGAUGGAGGAGUCGAAAGCGGAUAUAAACAGACAAGGUAUGAGUGGUUUGGUGGACGCCAUUAAUCAACUCGCAACUUCCAUUCUUGCUUUGGCUUCUUCUUCUUCGUCUUGCCAUAACAAUCACAAUCGUCAAGAAGGUCCACCUUGAUAAUCAUAUUGACUAGACUAUUAGUUAAUUGUCGAUGAAUAUGUUACUUAG